GUUACCCGAACCCGAAUUACCCACCGUACUGAACCUUUCCUCGUGCACUUAUGUGGAGCUCUUCACACGCGAUAUCCAUACAGACACUCACAAACUAGAACUUUAAUUGUGGAUGUUUGUCAAAAAACUAAACAUUUUCUGGAAACCGUCUACUUUUGCGCGUUUUAAAACUGUCGGUCUUAUUGUGAUUUUGGUACGAUACCAUAUACAGUCAUCGAGGAGCUAUUUAUAAACGCCCUUUGCUUGCUCGCGCUGUUACAGGAGUCAUAGCUCCAGAUAGAUAGACAGCAAAUGACUAAGUUAUAAAGUUAGAUAUUCAGCGGUGUAUGGAAACGAACUUACUUUGUUAUUGUUCUUUCACGAUUGAAAGAUUUACAGUCCUUGCCUGAAGGACUAAUCGAAUCCGUGUUUUACAUUUUGGCACUUACUGUAAAAUAUUGUAUCUUUCUUUGAGUCACGAGUGUUAAAGGAUGUCGUUUCUCAACUGUGCAUCAAGAAAUUCGCAAAAGCUGCUAGUUUUGGGCGUUUUCCUUCUGGUUCGUUCAGUUUUGUGUCAUGAGGAGCACAAAGCUGGUUCUUAUAAUUUUGGGUCUAUUAUUAUGGAGCCUCUGGAUGGGCUGAGAAAAUACGCGGAGUCUAUUGUUGGCACCCACGCGCUUCAGAUUGGUUUUGAGAAUGCUGUAUUGUACCUUGACUCAGUGUUUGGUCCAGAGAACGUCUAUUCUGUCGCUAUGUUUGUUGAAAUGUUGCUGAAGUUGAUCGCUGAAGGAGCUGCCAGUGGACUUAAUGUUAUCGCUGUCUAUGUGUCAGAGAUUCUCAGAGCCACAGGAGUGAGCGAGACGAUAUCAAUCCCUCAUUUCACCACCGAGGGUGUGUCUGCUGUGAUCAAAUGGGCACUGCUGGCUCUGAUUGGCUACUCGAUCCUGUCCGUGGUGCUUCGGGUCACCGUAGCGCUUGUACGGCGAGUGUUUUGGUUGCUCAAAGUGAUUUUAGUCUUGUGGCUCUUUGUGCGGAUCGUCAGUGACCCUUCUGCCUCCACCGAACUUAUUGCAAUGAGACUGACUCUACUGGUGCUCAUCUGCGCUGUGAUUGGAAUCGUCACGAGCAGCACCGGCGGGAACGGAGCCGGUCUCGAGAAGAGAGUCAGAAGCCUGGAGGGAGAAUUCAAAAUGGAAAAAAGAAAAACCGAGUGAUAAGCGGAAACGCCGGAGGAUGAACACAGACUCAUGAGAACUUUAUUUGUCUGAUCUUGUCUGUUGUCUCUGUAUUUUGUGAUGAGCUGUUUGGGCACUUAAGCCAGUUAAAUAGGUUUAAUGUAAAGAAAGCAAAAUACAAAGCUACUGCUCUGUGAAUUAUAUUUAUGGUCAUUGCGUGCAGACAGAGAUUCGUUCAGGUUUGUCACACAAACAGAGGGUGUGUAUAGCAGUGUGUGUACGUACCAUUGAGUGGAUUAUAUAUUUGAACAUACUUUGUCCUGAAAUGAACAAACUGUCCUGCAUAUGACUACGAUUCUACUAUAUGCAGUAGCCUACAUGUACUGUAUGCAGUAGAUAUAGCAAAUAUCAAACCAAUGCUUUACACACUUUCUGUGUACUAACAAUAUUUUUAUAUCUAUUGCUUUUCGACACAAAAUCUAACAAAUGACUAAACGAAUUUGUCUUUAAAAUGACUGUCAGGUGGUUUAGAACGGUACUGCUUAAUAUCAUGACAUUCAUACAUUUUUAGGUGACCCAAGUGUCCAAGUAGGUACGAUUGUAUUUGUCUAUACUGAAAGACAUCACAUAAUGAUGAUAAUAUUGCCAUACAAAUGUGUGCGUAUUGUAUUGUUGUAUACAGAAAUAGCCUACAAUAAAUUAUGUAAAUGUAUGUAGAUCAAUGACAAAUCAGGAUAAAGUGCAAGAGAUGCAGAUGAUAAAUAAUGUAUCUGAGGUUGUUGUACAUGGGGUCCUCUGGUUGACGGUUGUCUUCUGCUACCUUCAAAUGACAAAUGAACUGCUUUGUGAUCUUGAUGUGAAGCUACUCAUCGGCAAAUUAAGUAACAUAUUGUCAUUCACAGGAAAGUGAUAUUUUGUUUAGAAAAACAUUCAUGCUAUUAAUGUGUCAUUAAAUGAAAGGUCUCAUGAGAAUAAAUGGGAUCUAUUUCACUAUAACAUAGGUGGAUGAAUAUAUCUUUGAAUAUGUAAAGUUACAGAAUGUAUCUCUGUUAGUUUUCAAGUUAAAUGGAUAUUAAUUACAAUAGUGUAGUUAUGAUAUAUAGCCAGAAGAUGGCGCUGUUCUUUCAUCGCGCAUUAACACCAUUCAAAAUAAAGACUUGAGGUAAAUUCAAUGAUUUGCAAGUCAUGCAUGAAUACCCAUGAUCAUGUUUCGUUUACAUGCCAACUUUU